AUGCUCAGAUUAUCCUCAAACUCCUCAGAUUAUCCUCAGACUCCUCCUCAGAUUAUCCUCAGACUCCUCCUCAGAUUAUCCUCAGAUUAUCCUCAAACUCCUCAGAUUAUCCUCAGACUCCUCAGACUACUCCUCAGACUACUCCUCAACCUCCUCAGAUUAUCCUCAAACUCCUCAGAUUAUCCUCAAACUACUCCUCAGAUUAUCCUCAAACUCCUCAGACUACUCCUCAAACUCCUCAGACUACUCCUCAAACUCCUCAAAUUAUCCUCAGACAACUCCUCAAACUCCUCAGAUUAUCCUCAGACUCCUCAAACUACUCCUCAGACUACUCCUCAACCUCCUCAGAUUAUCCUCAAACUACUCCUCAGAUUAUCCUCAAACUCCUCAGACUACUCCUCAAACUCCUCAGAUUAUCCUCAAACUCCUCAGACUACUCCUCAAACUCCUCAGACUACUCCUCAAACUCCUCAAAUUAUCCUCAGACAACUCCUGAAGCUACUCCUCAAACUCCUCAGAUUAUCAUCAAACUCCUCAAACUACUCCUCGGUCUAA